UUUCAACUCUGUAGUUCUCUGUUCUUUGUUAGAUACUUGCUAGCAAAGAGAAUGGCAGUUCAGAGUCCAGUCAGAUUAUUUUCCUACAGAAGUAUUCCUUUCAGAAAUAAUGUCUUAUACAUACUCAAAUUAGAAAGCAUUAAGAAAAAAGUGAAAUUUAACAGUAUAGUCCCUCUUUUUUAAGGACUACUUUUGAAAUAAAAAUCCUACCCCCAGUACUGGUUGUGUUUAUGCUGUAAAAGUGGGAAAUGAGAGAGCACAUGGUGUGUAAUAUUGUAGUGAUGAGUGAAAAUAGUGAUUGUUCAUUUAAUCUGUAAUAUAGACUCCUCUUUAAUAAAGUAAUUUUUGAGGGAGUGAAUAGUCUUUUAAAGGAAAGAAAAUAUGGAUGGAUUGGAUUUCCAAUUUUUCUACAAGGGUUUAUUUUCCUUUUUCAUUGAAAGAUGAAAACAAGAAGUGAUCUGAUCUUAGUGCUGCUUAUUUCUGUCAUGUUAUGAAACUGCUUUGAAAGCCUAGAGUCUUUACUCCAGUCCUUUAAUUUGGUUGAGCGGAGGUAGUACAAGCAGGGACAGAAAAAAAAGGUGGUAACUAAAUUUAAAGGGAUAGUUAUUCUAGCUAUGAGGAGUCAAAGCUGGUAGUUGAGGCAAUAACUCUGUCAUCCAUAACCAAUUUAAGAUUUAGUCGUUAAAUGGCUGAGGGGAUCAUAAAGAAUUCCAAGUGUUUCUCCGUAAAUUUUCUGCUAUGAGGGUUCAUAAUAGGUUAGUGGUCUGGGGAUGGUAAGUGCUUUUCUGUCCCCAAUAUAUUUUUCUUUAAAUUUACAAGAGGAUUUCAUUAAUUUGUUUAUGGGAUACAGGAAAGGUAUCUAUUUGACUUCAGGUAUAUUGAAAGUUUUUCUUUAGACAAUUCAGUUCCUCAUCUGUUGCUUUAUUUUGUACACUUCAAGUUCCCAAGCAACUAAAAUUUGCAAACACAGCUAUGGAUACACCAUUUGUUUUAUACUAGUUACUUGGGAAUGUAGGUCUCUUUUGUUGUAUUCCCCUCCCCUCCAUUUCUUAAUCAUAUGUAACUAGCAACACUAAUGGUUAUAGGUUGACUUACAAAUUUCUAAGCCUGUGGCAGAUGGUUUGUAGCCUCUAGGUUGAAACUAAAAAAUGAGUAGUCAGGAAUUGGUUACUUUGAAUGUGGGAGGGAAGAUAUUCACAACAAGGUUUUCCACCUUAAAGCAGUUUCCUGCCUCUCGGUUGGCACGAAUGUUAGAUGGCAAAGACCAAGAAUUCCAGAUGGUUGGUGGCCAGAUUUUUGUGGACAGAGAUGGUGUUUUAUUUAGUCACAUCAUAGACUUUUUGAGAACUCACCAGCUUUUAUUGCCCACUGACUUUUCAGACUACCUUAGGCUUCAGAGAGAGGCUCUUUUUUAUGAACUUGAUUCUUUGGUUGGUCUUUUAAACCAAGAACACUUGCUACAGUCAAGACCUGCUGUUGUGGAAGUGCAUUUCCUAAGUCGAAAUACUCAAGCUUUUUUCAGAGUAUUUAGCUCUUGCAGCAAAACAAUUGAGAUGCUAACUGGGAGGAUUACAGUAUUUAUAGAGCAAUCUUCAGCACCAUCCUGGAGUAGUGACUCUCUCCCUCCUCAGAUCAACUUACUUCCACUGCCUCCACAAAGGCCUUCUUACCAUGACCUGGUUUUCCAGUGUGGCUGUGACAGCAUGACUGAUAACCAAGCUGGAGUCAGGUAUGUUUCUAUAAAACCUGAUAACCGAAAAUUGGCCAAUGGAACUAAUGUCCUCGGCUUACUGAUUGACACUUUAUUAAUGGAAGGCUUCAAUCUGGUCAGCACUAGAACAGUAUCUGAAGACAAAACUGAAUGCUAUAUCUUUGAAAGAAAAAAAAGAUCUGAAGCUCUCACCAUGAACAAAACACUGAAAACAGAGACUACCAUCAUGCCAGAGCAAUCUAAGAAAAACAAAUGAGGUUCUUUGUUCUCUUAGAAGUGAAAGGAUAGUCAUUUUCUGGUUUGGAAAUUCCCAUAUUUAGAGCAUAUUUUAGUGAAAUAUGUCCUCAGCCUAACUUUUUGAACUUGCCUCCUACAAUGCCAUCUUUGGGGAACCACUCCUCAACAAUGCUUAGGUAGGCCUGCUAAUGCCUGUUGCUUUCAAAAUAACACUGUGCACUUGGUGCUUUGGCACAUGUUCCUUUUGUUAAGUGCCUCUUUUUCUUUUCUUCCAGAACCCUUACACAGCUUUCAAGAAUGGGCUCUAGAGUCAGACUGCUUGUUUUCCAAUCCCAAAUCAAUCACUUACUAGCUAUAUGACUUAAAUAAGUCAUUUACGCCUCCUCUGUGCUUCAACUUCAUUUAUCAAAUGGGGUAAUAAGAAAAGGAUAUGUGUGGGUUAAAGGAGAUAAUGUACUCAAUACAUUGCCUGGCACAUGGUAGGCACUCAGUAACUCUUAGUAAUGAUGAAGAGUAUGAAUGGCCCAUUUCCAAUUGUACCUCUUUGUGAGGCCUUGUUCUUCCUUCUCUCCCAGGCAUAUUAAUCAGGUCUUUCUUCUGUACUGACUUAUAUGCCAGCAUAAAAACAAAAUUUUCUCACUUGAAUAUGAGCUCAAUGCACUGAGCAAUUUUUAACACUACUAUGUGUAAAGCACUGUGCUGAACACUUAGUAACAGAAUUAUCACUCUUGUUACUAUUUAGUACCUACAUUUGUUGAAGUUUUUGAAUAACCGCUAUCAAAUUUAAUACAUACAUAACUUUGAUCCAGUGAAUCUUUUUAUACAUGUCAUUUUAAAUAAACAUUUAGAUGAGGAGUCAUUAAGUCAAAGAGCACCAAGUACUUUGCACACACUAAGGUUAAACACCAUUUAAUGGAAGCUGUUGAACACAGUUCAUUAAAAAAGUCUGUUAAACAAUGGUUGGACAUUAUCCUAAGUUUUCAGUAUUGAAAAAUGAGUAAGACAAAAAUCUUUAUUCUCAAGGAACUCAACACUCAAGUGAGAAAGUACAUCCUAACAGCAAAACAUUAGAAGUUCACAAUAAGGAGUGGAUUAUGAAUUAUAAAAUGAAAUACAAUACAGACCUUAAGAAGAAUGACAGCAGUUUAUAAAUUGAUAAGGACUGUCAAAUAUUUGUAAGUGCAGAAAAGCAAGGCAUAAAACAAUACAUAAGUGGAAAAGAUAUUUCAACUUUAUAUAUUUUACCUUUGUGAAAAAAGUUAUACUCGUGCAUGGAAUUUUCAGCAAAACUACAUGUCACUUGUGGACAGGAAACCGGAUGAAUGGUGUUUAGAUGUGGGAGGAACAUUUACUUUUCACCAGAUACAUUAUCUUUUUUAUUUUUUUAAAAGGAAGAUGCCAUACCUGAAAAAUUGUAUGUGAGUAUGUAUGUGUGUUGGGGGGCAUUAAGGGGAUUGUUAAGGCAUAAGGACACAAAGUUUACUACUCUUCCUGUGAAACCCCUCUACGUAGUAAAGAAAUUGUAUUCCAGAAACAUGCUAGUGAUUAGUUACACAUUUGUGUACUAGGUUGUGGGGAAGAUAUUUUUGUUGAAAUAUCCUAACAGUAUCUCAAGUGGUUAAGUAUGUUAAAGUACAAAAUGCGUCAAGAUGAAUAAUGUUAAUACUAAUCUAAUAAUACAAAUUUUAAAAAAGCCCUACAAGUAAAUGUUAUGAUUUUGGUGGCAUUCAUCGCUUUUCUGAAGAAAAGCCAACUUAGUUGUUUUCAUAUGUCAUCUUAGUUUUGGGGAUGAUGUGUUUGGUUGUAGAGCACAAUAUUUCCAUUCUAGUUGGGUACAGCUGGUAGAGUUAUAUGUGUUACACUCUGUGCAGUGUUUUGCUGGCAAGAUUGAAAAUACAACUGAUUAAAAAAUAUGGAAAUAAAAAAAAACAUAGCUUCACAAGGAUUAAGUCAGGAAAUGUUUAAAAGUGCUGUUAGGGGGCCUCUCUGGUGGCGCAAGGGGUUAAGUCUCAGCACUCUGAAGCUAUUGGCAGCCACUGCAGCAUAAUCCCCAGUCAAGGAGCUGCCCCACAUGGCACAGCAGGCCUCUCCUGUCUCACCCACUGCUCCCCUCAGCGGUGCAUUUCAGUCAAUCUGCCUGUUCUGCUCCCCACUGUCUCUGAUGAAUCCUCUCACCUCUGGCCUACAUGACAGCUCUUGUAUGCAUAAACAAACAAACAAAUAAAUAUUUAAACAAAA